AGGAUUAUUGAAAGUUGGGUGAGUUACUUUAGCAAAGUCAAAAACAGAAGUAGUGAUUUUGAUUGAAUCGACAAAGCAAAAGAAAGAUGCUUCCACUAAAGCUGCUUCGUUCUCUCGUCUUGGGUGAAUCCAUCAAUCACCAUCCACAUCUCAUGCAUUCCCACGCUCAUUCCGAACAACAAAAUGAAGAAGAACAAGAUGGGAGAAGAAGAUCCAGAAGACGAAGAAUAAGAGCAAGAAGAAGAAGAUCAAAAACUGCGGGUCUUUUGUUCCUUCCAACAAGAGAGAUCGUAACCGACACAUACAGACUCGCCGCCAUUGCAAGAACCUUGGGAAUGGACUUGUUCCCAACGCCAUCUCUCUCCCACAUCAUCUUCUCCAACUCAACGCCAUUCUCAUCAUCUUUGUCGCCGCAUUCAACUCCUUCUUCUUCGUUACCUUCUACUGCCACCACCACCACCACCACCACCUGCUCCUUUUCUUGUUCUUCGUCUUCCUGGCCGCUCCAAGACGACGCCGUUCCGAUCCCUUUCCCUUCCCUGACUCCGGCCCCAUUGACCCACCUUCGUUACUUCGUCAACCUCGCCGCGCCAUUCUUCAAGUUGGUAUUUUUCGACGGCGGCGCAAUUGUCGGAGAUGGUAGCGGUGGAGGAGGAGGAGGAAAUUGGGAUUGUUGCUCGUUGUCGAUGUAUUCUAGAGUUACCGGAGAGAGGGUCGACGAUAUGGAGGGGUUUUGCAGGGUUCUUGCUGGGAAAGGUUGGACCUUUUUCAGGACACAGAAACGGCCACCGAAUGCGGCAGCGGAUCGGAGUUUUUCCGGUGGUGGGGGUGGUAGUUGUGAGGUUUACCUGUUUAGGAAGGUUGAUAUGAACCGGGUUCGGGUGGGUCGGGUUGGUGGUGGUGGUGGAGCAGAUGGAGCUUGUAGGGUUAGGGAGCUGAGGUUGCCACAUUUGGAUUUUGGGAAUGCUCCUUUGAGGAUCUUGCAGUAUAUUUUGCUCAUGACUGAUGAUAUCUUCUGCCUUGCAUGAAUUUGGAAAAUUGAUGAUGAUUGCAAGAGAUGGUGAAGAAAUGUGGCAUCUGGUUUGCUGGUCUAAUAUGUUGAAAGGGAAGCUAAGAAAGUAAUUGGAUGUUGAAGAUUCCGGGUGAAUUUUUGGAUCCUUGGCCUGGUUGGUGGUGGCGGCAGAAAAAGUGAUUCCGCCUGUUUUGUGAUCGAUUCUGAACAGCGUUGAGCAGAGAUGGUUGCCACUUGCCAUGCAGCUCAAAUUCUAUCCUUGAGAAUGCUUCUUAUUCUGCCAAACAAGGCAUGUUGAUUUGUUGCUGCCCUUGGAAUACAAACUGUUCACAAGUUUAAUUCUGAAGGCUGGGAAAAAAAGGAGUGAACCCCAGCAAGUGCAACACUAGACAGCAGCAGAAUGUAGGACCUAUGUUAUAAUUGAGUUCAUACUGGUGGAAGCCAUUGUUAUAGUGGUGAAUUUGAUUGAAUGGGUAAUUGUCAAUAAAUAAGGAACUAUUAUGUCUGCUCUUUGGUAAAUAGUUAAUAUUGUUCUUGAU